AUGAAGUUAAGAAUAGCAUGCGUGCAAUUCAGUCCCACGUUAGGCAAAAUCGAAGCCAAUAUUGCCAAAGUCAACAAGCUAUUGUCAGGAGUUAAGAAAGAUAUCGACUUAUUGGUUUUGCCGGAACUCUCACUCACUGGGUACAACUUCUCUUCACCCAAUGAAAUAAAUCCUUAUCUUGAGGUAGCUCAUUCCGGGCCCACCUUCAACUUAGCAUCUGAGCUUUCUUCUAAGUUCAGAUGUACUACCAUCAUCGGAUAUCCAGAGAAAUUUCAGAACACCACUUAUAAUUCUGCCAUGGUGGUGAAUGAAAGUGGCCAGUUGAUUUACAACUAUAGAAAGACGCAUUUGUACGAGACAGACGAGACUUGGGGAUGCUCCGAAAACCCCGAAAGGAAUUUUUCGCCAGUGACGUUGAUGCUUGGUGCUGAGAAGAAGCCUGUGAUCACCAAUAUUGGCAUCUGCAUGGACCUCAAUCCAUACAAGUUCGAAGCACCUUUCAACGAGUUUGAGUUUUCAAUACUGUGCUGGAAGAACGGCUCACAAUUGGUAGUGGUGCCUACGGCGUGGCUUUCGUCUGAGUCACCAUCAAUCAAAGAACUGCUCAGUAUUGAACAGAAGAAAGAGGAAGGGAAAUCGUGGCAGAAAAAACUAGAAUUGCUAAAAGACAGGGCAACACCACUGAAGCUGUUGAUUGACUACUGGAUUAUGCGUUUCUUUCCAUUUGUUAGACAUCCAAUGAACGAAUUGCCUCGUCGACCUGGAAUAACAACAGUGGUCCUAUGCAAUAGAACAGGAAUCGAGGAUGACGUUCUAUAUGGUGGAUCCUCGUCAAUCAUUCAAUUCGACGCGGAAAAGCCGGACGAUUUCAAUAUUGACCUGACAAAUCCUAGUGUCAAUGUGCUUUCUUCGGCGGGUUGGGCAUCAGAGGAAGUUGUGUACCACGAGGUAGAGAUCUAA